CAGUGCCACCUCUGCAGGUGUCCUGAACGCAAAAUGUCCGCCUACAGGUGCUCGGGUUACGCUGUUUUCACCUGGAAGGAAUGUCUAGUGUGCAACGGGGCGUGAAUGGACACUGGUGUGCUGCAGGGUGGUGACAAGAAGCUGGAAAGGAAGACCGGUUAGCUAAUCCGUUCUCAACAAUAACUCACCAGCUGCUAACUGCUAGACCUCUGGAUCUCCAGUGCCAGAGGAGAGAAAAAAUGAGUAAUUCUCCAGAGCCUAAGAUCCUUGGAAAACAAAGUUUGGCCAGCUCGCCAACGCGGUGCCAGAUCAUUGAGUUGAACAUUGGUGGAGAGAUCUUCACCACCACGCUGAACACUUUGAAGAGGCACCCAGGAUCCAAACUGGCUGAAAUGUUUAGCCAGGCCAAGCCCCGAACAGAUUCAGCGGGCCGAAUCUUCAUAGACCGGCCUGGAACUUACUUUAAAUACAUCCUGGAGUAUCUGCGUGGUGAUUGCGUCCCCUUGCAAAACGUUGAGGAGGUUUACAAGGAAGCCGUCUACUAUGAGCUCAAGCCUUUGAUCAAACAACUGGAAGAAUCCCCUCAAAUCUUUGGUGAGCUGGUGGCCAGGAAGCAGUUUCUUGACCGGGUGCCCAACUAUUCUGAAAACAUCGAAUUGAUGAUCCGAAUUGCCCGGGCAGAAGCUGUGGCCUCCCGCCAAUCCAGCGUGAUGCUCUGCGUGAUGAAGACUUUGGAAGAUGUGGCGAGGUGUAGUGAUGCCCUCAGCAUUUUAGAUACCUCCAAGAAAUCGGUGGUCCAGUUUGGCCCAUGGAAAGCGGCCCCGAGCAUUCUGGAUCUUCUGGACUGCAUCAAGAUGGACAUAGAAGCCAAAGGUUACAAGGCCUCUUUCCAGAGUUACGUCCCAGAAAAAGGCUUUCGCUUCAAAGCCAAUGAGUUCUUCUACAAGUUUUUGUUCCAUUGGUGGUAGCCCAAAGCUCACAACCCAUUAGAUCAAGAAGGGCUGUUGCAGGGGGUCUUCAAACUUGGCCCUUUGAUGACUUGUGGACUUCGACUCCCAGAAUUCC